AUGGAAGCACCAGAGUAUGAGUAUGGAGUUUCAUGUCCUUACUGUUUCUCCAAGAAAUCCGAAGAAGAGAAAGAAAGAGCUAGAGCGAGACAGACGCAGUUUGAGGAAUGGGGAGUAAUCGGUGGUCUUUUCCUCAAUCUUUUUGACUUAAGAGUGCUUAGAUUUGAAGCAAUUUGGUGCAGUGUGUUCAGAAGAAUCUCUCCAUCGGAGCGUUUAUUCACAAACUGGCAGGAGCUCCUAUCUUGGAUCAGGCGUUCAACUCACCAAGGUCCUUCUCUCUUGAGGCGCAUGGUGGCUCAAGCAGCCAUAUAUCACAUUUGGAGACAGCGGAACAAUGUGUAUCACAACCAUAAUGUUUUACCGGCUCGGACUAUAUUCAAGAACUUGGAUCGGGAAGUACGCAACAUCAUCAACUCACGUCGACAUCGGAGGCAUUGGAACACUCUAAUGCAUCGCUGGAUUCGGUAA